GGGAAAGGAUAGAUGGAGGGACAGCAGCUCCAGAAGGAAGAUGGAAAUGGCAUUCCUUCUACAUUUCAGAACUGAUCCUUGCAGCUUGUGCUGUCAAUAAAGCAACCCUAACAAUUACACCUUAGGUACCACACUGCACCGGAGAAAGCUGCGUGUAGAUUGAACACUCUUCCAUAUGCUUUUUCACCUGUCCUGGAGCAGAAAUCAGCCACAAGCUGGUGACGAAGCCAGUCAUAAACAAUCGUCAACAGGGAAUAGAGAGAGAGAAAAGCAAAGCAGAAAGAAGCAAGAAGCUGAGCGAAGCAGUGUUCACUAGUGGACACUUCCCCAUCUGAAGCUACAAACCUCAAUACUUCCAACAACAUUGGAGCCAGUGUGUUGUGUGCCAUUUGUGGAGAUCGUGCUACAGGGAAGCAUUACGGAGCAUCCAGUUGUGAUGGCUGCAAAGGGUUCUUCAGAAGAAGUGUCAGGAAGAACCAUAUGUAUUCCUGCAGGUUUAGUAGGCAGUGUGUGGUAGACAAGGACAAAAGGAACCAGUGUCGAUAUUGUAGGCUAAAGAAAUGUUUUCGAGCAGGAAUGAAGAAAGAAGCUGUACAAAAUGAGCGUGAUCGAAUCAGUACUCGGCGAUCUAGCUAUGAAGACAGUAGCCUACCUUCCAUUAAUGUUUUACUACAAGCAGAAGUCCUUUCGCAACAGAUAUCAUCACCAAUUUCAGGGAUUAGCGGAGAUAUCAGAGGGAAAAAAAUUGCAAAUAUUGCAGAUGUGUGUGAGUCCAUGAAGCAGCAGUUAUUAGUGCUUGUGGAAUGGGCCAAAUACAUCCCAGCCUUCUGUGAGCUUCCCCUGGAUGAUCAGGUGGCUUUGCUACGGGCACAUGCAGGGGAACAUCUCUUACUGGGGGCAGCCAAACGAUCGAUGGUGUUCAAAGACAUCCUUCUACUAGGAAAUGACCACAUAAUCCCCCGAAACUGCCCAGAAUUGCUGGAAAUCAGCCGCGUAGCUGUGCGAAUUCUAGAUGAGCUGGUGUUAACGUUUCAAGAACUGCAGAUUGAUGAUAAUGAAUAUGCUUGUCUGAAAGCCAUUAUCUUCUUUGAUCCAGAUGCUAAAGGCCUAAGUGACCCAAUCAAGAUCAAACGGAUGCGAUAUCAAGUCCAGGUCAGCCUGGAGGACUACAUCAAUGACCGACAGUAUGACUCACGAGGACGCUUUGGAGAGCUGUUGCUUCUCUUGCCCACCCUCCAGAGCAUCACAUGGCAGAUGAUUGAGCAAAUCCAAUUUGUUAAGCUGUUUGGCAUGGCCAAAAUUGACAACUUGUUGCAAGAGAUGCUGCUUGGAGGGUCAUCAAGCGACACGCCUCAUGCUCAUCAUCAUCCUCUGCAUCCCCACCUUAUUCAAGAGAAUUUGGGAACAAAUGUCAUUGUGGCCAACACAAUGCCUCCUCAGAUCCACAAUGGACAAUUGUCCACUCCGGAAACUCCCCAGCCUUCUCCCCCAGCUGGCUCUGGAGCUGAACAAUACAAACUUCUUCCGGGGGCCAUCGCAACUGUAGCCAAACAGCCCAGUUCAGUCCCUCAGCCCACCAUCACAAAGCAAGAGGUCAUUUAGCAUCCAGCUGAAUGAGGAAUCGAUGACUCAUAGACCAUGAUAUGGAGAAAAAAAACUCUCUCAUUCUCAUCUCAAUCACUCUGGAGGUGGAACAUUCAUGGGGAUUUCCCAGGGCAAAAAUGUGUUAUUUUCUUAUUUGGAAAUUACAUGGGGGGAAAUAAGAAGUGAUCUUCACAAGCGGCUGUACCUGAGUGCUGUGGAACUUACAGACUAGCCUCAAUGGAAGCCUCAUUCUUCCCAAAGAGAGCCAGAUGUCAAACUUUAGAUCUGUUGGUGACUAUUUCAAAAAUUGCACUGACUUGCCUGUUUUGUCACUGCCACUACUUUUUUCCCCCUCUUUCUCUACAAAUCUGCUUUUUUUUAAAGGAGGCAGCCGACUGAAUGGUAGAGAGAAUCAAGCCACAUUCACUGGAGCAUCUCUAAACAGUUCUUUCUGUGACAUUAUGGAGUUACACAUUUCCAGACAGGCUUGAUCCUUACAGGAAAACGACGAAGAUGCAGAGACUCUGAACUUGUUGUAGCUGAAGCACAGCAUUGUUACUGCCUGCUCCAAUGCCUUCGGGAAAUACUACAAGUAAAGUCUAGGCUCAUAGGCUUCCACUGUCUCUAGCGGUCUAUAACACUAAAUGAUGAAAGUCUGCUCUCUUCAAGCACAGUUGUUGUAUACUAAUAUUUUGUCCAUCUGGUAGAUUAGUGGUUUCUGUGAGGAGGCACCCUCAUGCUGAACAAAGUAUUGCCUUGUUGCAUCUAGUUAAGCAUUCUUUUCCUCUAACACUGUACUGUAUCUUCUUUGCUAACUUCAGGAUCUAUCACUCAAGCCCACUGCCUCUGCAUAUGAAGAUUUUGUGACUAAUAGACAUUGACAGAUCAUUCCUUCAGCCUUGUCUGAUGGUUUUUGAGAGCACAAGAUUUGCCCUUUGCUAGGAGGGGAAAGAGGGAGGACAUGCCUCUGUGUCAAAGUGCUCUGUUGAACCUGGGGCUCCCUGUUCUCUGUCCAAGAGAGAAUUCCAUUCAGUUCUAUUCAAGAAAAAAAUGGAUCCAAACAGAAUUUAGUGAUGAUGGAAAUGCAUGUUUUGGUGAAUGUCCUAUCAAAUGAGCAAAUGGCUUUCUCCCCCUUCCUAUUCACAAUGAUGUUGCAAACAACCGAGGGGACAAUAAUGAGAUGCCAAUGAACCUGCACCUGAUCUCAGCACUGCCAAACAGGUUGGUCUCUAUAUGGACCAACCGCACUUCUUCACCAGAACUUGCAGUUUACAGAAAGGGCUCUGUAUAUGAUCCUAAGGCUAUACUUGGAUUGCUAUGACAUUUACCUGAAGUUUUCUUAUAGCUGACAGCUGCCACAGGAGGCAGACAGAAACAGACCCUGCAAUGAUUUCUUCUUCAGUAAUCAACAUUUAACAAGCCAGAAUUUGACAUUUAGGAGUUAAAUCAAAGAAGUUGAAAAAGAACUAAAAGUCACUCAGACGAUUAAGGCCCCAUGGUUUGCUUCAGUUUAUCUUAGGAUAGUAGUAGUCAAAUUAUUCUCUCUGAUGAACAGCCAUUUCAGUUUCUUAGAAAAAUGUAGGCUUAACUCACAGGACAAUUUUAAAGAUGCCAUAAGGUGAUCCACCACCCUCCUCAGUGUUUACCUGGUAACAUUGGACUGGGGAUUGAUUCAGACUUGCAGAAUAUGAUUGUAUUUUUAACUACUGUACUACCCUGAGAUCCACCAGUUGAAGCCUGAUUCCAAACAUAUACCCUUAGAAUUAAAGAAUUCUGAGCCCCCAAGCUGUUUUGAGUACCAAUAUCAACCUGUGCUCAGUUUUUUUUAUACAAGGUUACUCCAAUCCAUUUUACCAACUUGAUUUCCUCCAAAUAUAUUGGGACUGCAACUCCCAGAAUUCCUAGUCAGCCUUCUAGGAGUUACCAUCCCAACAUAUCUGAAGGGCAUCAAGUUGGGGAAGGCACUCCAAAGCUUUCUUCAUUUUAGCAAUAUAAUGGGAGGGGGUUGUUUGGAAUGUGUUUUGUUUCUUGUGCUCAAGACCGUUUUGACUCCUGGCGACUGCCUGGACAAGUCCCUGCAGUUUUC